UGUGUCGGACAGUGUAGUGUACUAAAAAUAAAGGAAUAUUCGAGAUAAGUUUUAAUCGCAUAUAGUUUUAUUGUCUGUUGUGAAAUUUAUUGGCAAUAUUGGAUUUCCCAGUAGUAUGAAAUGAACGAUUCAAAAUAUAUAAACUUCAUUCGUCGAUCAAUUCUGUAGAUAAACAAACGAAAAGAGGAGAACUAUAAGCAACAUUGUGAAUGUGGUUCAAAUGAGUUCAAAAUAAUAUUACGUUAACGAAAGUGUUCAUUUGGUUUUAGGAAAUCAACAAAUUUGUUUUGUAUACCAAUUUAUUUUCUCCGAAAAUAUCACUCUUAUAUCAUUUUUAAACGUAAAUUCCGUGUGUGCACUUGUGAAGAAAUCCAGUGUUUUUUUUUUAAAUGGAGUCCAUUCAACGAAAUUUACCGCCAAAUCCUCGGGAAAAAGUUAAUAUUGUGUCGCUGUUGUUAUUCACAUGGACUGUACCGCUGUUCAGAAAAGGAUAUGCAAAAGUAUUACAAUUAGAAGAUAUUUUCCAACCAUUGAAAUGUGAUAAAUCCGAUGUGCUGGGUGAUCGCUUAGAAGCGAAUUGGAAGAAACAGUUGGCUAAAUCGGCGCGACCGUCUUUGAUUAAGACCAUUUUGGCUACGUUUUGGAAAGAAUAUACACUUCUUAGUUUCGUAUGCGGAUUAAAUGAUAUUUUUUUGCGAUUGGGUCAGCCACUGCUACUCGGGAAAUUGCUACUUUAUUUUUGCAAAGAUUCGACGAUAAAAUACGAAGAUGCUCUCUUGUAUGCAAGCGGAAUUCUAAUCUUAAACGCUAUUAACACCAUUUUAUUCAAUCAGUUCUUCUUAAUUAGUUCUCAUAAUGGAAUGAAAACACGGGUAGCUGUGUGCUCGCUAAUUUAUCGAAAAGCAUUACGGCUUUCACAGACUGCACUAGGUGAAACUGCUCCCGGAAAAGUAGUGAACUUACUAUCGAAUGAUGUGAAUCGAUUCGAUUGGGUUACAAUGUUUCUGAACAGUAUGUGGACGGCACCGUUACUUACGCUAAUCGUCGGAGCAUUGUUAUGGGCUGAGAUCGGUGUAGCCGGAUUGAUAGGAAUUUUGAUCGUGUUCAUUGUAGUACCGAUUCAAAGCUACACGGGUAAAUUAUCAUCAAAAUACCGUUUGCAAACAGCCCUCCGAACAGAUGAACGUGUCCGAUUUAUGGACGAAAUUUUACGCGGCAUUCAAGUGAUAAAGAUGUAUGGGUGGGAAUAUUCUUUCUCCAAAUUGAUCACUUAUGCUCGCAAAAUGGAGCUGAAAAUUAUUCAAAGAAGUUCACACAUUCGGGCUUUAUACAUGACGUUCAUUCUUUUCACGACCAGAAUGGCCAUAUUCUGUACAAUGUUAUCCAUCGCAUUAAUCGAUGGACCAGAUCAAAUUACCGCUGCCAAAGUGUUCUUUAUUUCGUCCUACUUUGCAAUUAUCGCCCAAGCGAUGUCGCAGAUGUUCGUUCGCGGAGUUGCUGAAAUUGCUGAAAUGCACGUCGCCUUGAAGCGAUUACAAAACUUCUUAGAUUUAGAUGAGAAGAAGACUGAAAGCAUUUGCGCGCCGAAAAAUGGGCACAACGGAUUGAGUGGAGCGAAAACAGAGCACAACGGAUUGAAUGGAGUGAAAAAUGAUGUGGAAAAAGUAAGAUCAGAACUUAUAACACCAUCAAAUAAUGUGUCGGUAUCGAUUAAAAAUGGUACUGCUUGUUGGACAAUGCCAGCCAAACCGAAUGGAAUUGCACCACGUGGCAAUGAUUUAGUCGAAUGUAAAGUGCCCACCCUCAUCAAUAUAAACGUUGAUUUUCCACGAAGAAAACUGAUUGGCAUAAUUGGGUGCGUUGGAGCCGGUAAGAGUUCAUUUUUACAGGCAAUUCUACGAGAAUUACCUUUGGAAGCGGGCUCAAUGCGUAUAAAUGGUUCAAUUUCAUAUGCAAGCCAGGAGCCAUGGGUAUUUGCUGGAUCGGUUAGACAGAAUAUUUUGUUUGGUGAGGACUAUGACCGUGAUCGAUACGAUGAUGUCAUUAGAACAUGCGCUCUGGCCAAAGAUUUCGAGCAACUUGAAAAUGGAGAUCGAACAAUUGUUGGAGAUCGAGGAGCAAGUCUUAGUGGCGGUCAAAAAGCUCGUUUGAAUUUGGCUCGCUCUUGCUACCGCAAAGCCGAUAUUUAUUUGAUGGAUGAUCCUCUAAGCGCCGUUGAUGCUCAUGUCGGUACCUAUAUUUUCAACGAAUGUAUCGGUCCAAAAAGUCGACUGGCAAAGCUAAACGCAACACGUAUUUUGGUCACACAUCAAGUGCAUUUCCUGAAAGAAGCCGAUUGGCUAGUUAUUCUUAAGGAUGGACAAAUUGAAGUUCAAGGAUCACCAGCCGACGUGGUAAAGAGUGGUGUCGAUUUUGCCAAACUUGUCGGAACAGAUGGAAUAAAUAAUAAUGAAAAAAAUCCGGUGAGGCACGGAUGGCGAUUGUCUGGCGAAUUAUCAGCAAGUUCAACAUCAAUAAGUACAGAGUUUGACGACGAUGAAGAAGAUGAAGGAAGAACUGAAGGUGUCGCAAUGGAAGCUAGUUCAAAAGGCAAAGUCGACGGAUCGAUUUCAUUGAAUUACUUUAGAGCCGGUGCACAUUGGUCUGUUUUGAUUGUGGUGGGUGUUUUAUUUUUGAUUGUUCAACUGUUGGCUAGUGCAGCAGAUUAUUGGGUUUCAAUAUGGACCAAACAAGAGGAAAUGCGUCGGGAUCAAGGUUCGACAGCGAUGAAUGAUUCAAAAAUAUUCGAAACCAUAAAUGAACCAACUCAGUCAUACGCAUCGUUCACUCUGAGUACCGACUUUUGUAUAUCCGUGCAUGGUGCAAUAUUGGCGUCUCUAUUUAUUGUUGGUAUUGCAAGAUCGGUCGGAUUCUUUUCGAUUUGUAUACGAGCCUCUCAGAGACUUCACGACACUAUGUUCAACGGUCUAAUUUCAACUAAAAUGCGAUUCUUUGAUACAAAUCCACUGGGUAGAAUUCUCAAUCGAUUUUCCAAAGAUAUUGGUGCAACUGAUGAUUUCUUCCCGAAAGCAAUGCUCGAUGCCACACAAGUCAUUCUGAGCAUAAUUGGGACGAUUUUUGUAGCCGCGACUGUCAAUGCAUACUUUUUGAUUCCAGUAAUUGUAAUGGGUUUGAUUUUUAUCUUUGUUCGCAAAGUAUACUUGAAGACAUCACAGAAUAUAAAAAGACUGGAAGGAAUUGCAAAAUCACCUGUGUUCACACACUUAGCGGCCACCCUAACAGGCCUCUCAACUGUCCGAGCUUAUAAUGCUGAAAAAAUUCUGGAAACUGAAUUCGAUUAUCACCAAGACACACAUUCAGCCUGUUGGUAUAUGUUUAUCGCUACAAGCUCCGCGUUUGGUCUCAGCUUGGAUAUCAUGUGUUGGAUUUUCAUAACAUUUAUUAUUUUGUACUAUAUGCUGGUUGACUCAAGUGUUUCGGACGAGAAAGUGGGAUUAGCCAUAACACAAGCAAUGUCAUUAACGGGAAUGCUACAGUGGGGAAUUCGUCAAAGUGCCGAGACUAGCAAUCAACUGAUGUCUGUUGAGCGUGUCCUCGAAUAUCGAGAUUUGGAGCCAGAGAAACAGCCUAAGGAACCGCAUAAAGUCAUUGAUGAGUGGCCAUCGAGAGGAUGCAUUGAAUUUAGAAAUGUUGUCUACAAAUACUUUGCUGAAGCUGAACCAGUCUUACGGGGUCUGUCAUUUGUAAUUAAACCGAGAGAGAAAAUCGGAAUCGUUGGUCGAACGGGUGCGGGCAAAAGCUCAUUGAUAGGCGCUAUUUUCCGUUUGGCUUGCAUCGAGGGAGAGGUGAUCAUUGAUGACAUCGAUACUGCUACACUUCAACUGAAGGAUUUGCGUAAACGCAUCGCAAUCAUUCCUCAAGAUCCAAUUUUGUUCUCCGGUACCUUAAGACGAAACUUGGAUCCAUUCGAGGAGUAUCCAGACGAUGAUAUUUGGAAUGCUCUGGAGAAGGUGGAAUUGAAAUAUAUCGCAUCAGGCCCAUUGGGCUUGCACUCGGCAGUAAUGUCACACGGUUCGAAUUAUUCAGUUGGUCAACGGCAACUUCUCUGUUUGGUUCGCGCCAUUUUGCGUAAAAAUCGUAUUCUUGUUUUGGAUGAAGCUACAGCCAACGUUGAUCCACAAACGGAUCUAUUAAUUCAACAAUCAAUUCGCGAGAAGUUUGCCGAAUGCACGGUAUUAACCGUUGCUCAUCGAUUGCACACAAUUAUCGACUCCGAUAGAGUAUUAGUUAUGGACACCGGUCGAGCGGCUGAAUUUGAUGAGCCAUAUAACUUAUUACAAAAACAAUUCGGUAUAUUCUACGGCAUGGUUAAAGCGCUCGGGCCACAAGAGUUUAACCGUUUGUCACAAGUGGCAUGUGAUAAAUUUUAUACCGUUCAUGAUUUAGAAGGAAGUCGCCUCUGAAAAUCGCAUCAACUUCCUUAAGAAACAUUAUCAAAAAAAAAAUCGUAAAUAGAACUGUAAUAAUACAAAGACAUUUUAUAUUAUACUAGCUUAGCGCGGCGUGCUUUGCUACGCUUUUUUCAUUUUGUUUUUCAUUUCAAAAUACAUCAAUUUUGUGACAUUAAUAGGUGUGACAAAAAUGUCUUAAAAAUAAAAUUGUGACAUUUUGAA